AUCACAACCCAUGCGCACCCAAACCAAACCGCCUUCACGCAAUCACUUCCGUCGACGCUUCGAGCAGAUCCACCACCGCUCCCAAUUCCCAACCCCCAACACCAGCCAUCUCCUCCAUGGCGCGGGCACCCGUCCUCCUCCUGCUCGCCCUCCUCGCCGCGGCCCUCGCCGCGGCCACCCCGGCGGCGGCGCUGGGCGGCCGCGGCGCGCGGGUCGGCGGGUGGGGCCCCAUCCCGGACGUGAGGGACGCGCACAUCCAGGAGCUGGGCGGGUGGGCGGUGGAGCAGCACGCGAGGCUGGCCAGCGACGGGCUGCGGUUCCGCCGUGUCACGCGCGGCGAGCAGCAGGUGGUCUCCGGCAUGAACUACCGCCUCUUCGUCGACGCCGCCGACGGCUCCGGCAGGAGCGCGCCCUACCUCGCCGAGGUCUACGAGCAGUCCUGGACCAAGACCCGCCAGCUCACCUCCUUCAAGCCGGCGGCCAACUGAUCCGCUCCCCCUCCGGCGCGCGUCGAUCCGCGGCCGGCGACCGCGUCCGCUCCGGUUAAUCUCGUCCGCCCGUCCUUUGUAGUCGUACCACUAGUGCUGCCAAUAAAUGAGUCGCGUGGUUUGGCCGUCACUCCUGCAGUUCAUCAUCCUGACUACUACUACUAGUAUAUUUGGCAAAUAAAAUCGUGAGUACUCUGA